UCGUAGUCGAAGAUAGUAGGUUGUAGUAUCUAUGCUUAUGUUAUGUUGAGGUUGUUCGUUACGGUUACAGUAUGAAAAUUUCUCUCUUUCUUCUACAACUACUUCUUCCACUCAAACUCCGAAUCGAAUAAGAAGGCUGUGCGUCGUCGAUGCAGCACCCACAAAGCACGCCCCCCCGAACGACCGGGAGCAGCACUGGUCGACGGGGGGCACACGCACAACGGUCUGAAUCGUCCUGCGCAUCUUCAACUACAGCCGCGUCCGGUGGUGCACAACUACCGAAUGGUGCGAAGACCUGUAUGAUACCGAGAAGGCAACAGCAAGGCCGCGCUGCUUCGAGCAGUGGCUCAACUGCGAUGUUGAAUCAAUCGUCGAUAUCGAAGUUUAAGAUGACCAGCGCGACGCCAACAUCUACAUCGUCCCAUGUUGCAGCUGUGGGCGCCAGCAACUCCAGCAGGAUAAUAUUGCCACCCGAAAAUGCUUCUAUCCUUUCGCAUGAUCUCGACGACCACGCAGCGGGACCGCGAUCAGCCAGCAUGAGAGGAGUGGAAUCAUCGACCACGCCAGCUCCAUCAAGUAGUGAAGGUGCACCAAAUAUUAGAUUGCAAGCCGGUCGUAAAAAAGUAAACGACACCAGGCUCCUACACAGAGCAGAAGUUCUUGGAGUUGCACAAGCAGGAGAAUCGAUUUCUCCUGCUACACGACCGCCCGCGGACCACAGCAGCGGGGCUUCUUCUUGCUCCAUCAAUAAUAUUUCUGCCGACGUGGACAUGCCCCAGUACGUUACCAGCAUGUUCUGCGACGCCAACAGCGCACCAAAGGCUGCUGCCGUAGCGGCAUCGGCCAGGAGGACGACCGCAGGGAUGGCCCCCCCUGGUGGUGCAACAACUACAUCCUCGGAGUCAGCUGCGGGAAAGAGGAACAAAUCGGGACCGGGAGCAACGACUCCGAAUCUCCAUCAGGGUAGUUCUUGCACUUCUUCCACACUGUCGUCACCACGCGGUGCAGCUCACCUCGCAAAUGCAAGAAAGACAAACCCAUCGCACUUUCCGACCGUGCAGCCGCUGCGAGGGAUCAAGCUUGGGUCACCAAUUGAGGUAUAGCUUGUGGUCGUUGUGACACGAGGACCUAUAAUUUUUUCUAUAACCACUACAUGUACUACAGCGUCGUGCUAAGUACUUAUUUUUCCAUAGAACUCGUCACACGACCCUGGCUUGGUAAGUGUGGUUGAGUAAAUUUUGAUACGUCGUACACCUCUUCAUGGAAAUAAAUGCAGCAAGAUUCAUUACAUCGCCAUGCCAAAAAUCUAAUGCGGCGUAAAAAUUUUUAGGUGCCGAACAAAUACGAGAUGGAGACUUGUCGCAAGAUUUACGGCGAGCGCGCCGUUUUUCUACACGUAUAUGACCUUGAUCCGGUGACAGCGCGACUAAACCGGCUUUCCAUGAGUGUCGCGAACGCAGGGCUUUUCCAUGUGGGCGUCGAAGUCUUUCGCGAGGAAUGGUUCUACUGCAAGGUUUGUGGGAAUCACCCUCUGCAAACAGGUAUCAAUAUGGCGAAAUUAUAUCACGACGAGCGAGUAGUUCUAUCGUCGCAUGGCAUAUAAUUGACUUGUAAGCUGUAGCUGCUGCACAUUUUCGUAUAAUAUCGCUGAGUUUGCUGUGCUGGAUAAUUCUGCGCAAGUAUCCCUUGAAAAAUUGUUUACGAAAUUGAAAGGAUGCCUAUAGUAUUUGAAAAACUAAAACUCUCUAGGUAUUGUCCACACCGUCCCGAUGGAGGGUGGGGGCCACGUGUACCGGCAAAGCUUUUACAUGGGUGAGAGUUAUGAAAUGCAAAAAUGUCUGGGUCGGGAAGGAUGCAAGGUUCGUCAUGCACAUUUUGCAUGAGUCCUGAUGUCUGUGAUGCAUGCCCUAGCAUCACAGAUUUUGUGAGGGCUUUCUGAUGCCUAUACCGCAUGAGAAAUGCCCUCUCGCAAUGGAAAAGGCUGGGCCUUAUUUGCUGUUCAUGCAAUACAGAUUUUUGUAGAAUCCAGCUGCAGCAUCACAAGUUCGCAUCCUUCCAGACAUCCAGGGAUUUUUGCAUUUGAUAAGAGUCCCUUUUCCGCCAAGGAGUUCUGGCGGCUGCUGACCAAGGUCCGGUCGCGGUGGUUGGCCAGCGACUAUGAGCUCUGGUCCAAGAACUGCCAGCACUUCGCCAUCGAGAUCUGCCGCGAGCUGGACCUCGCGCCCGUGCCGGACUUCAUCACCAACCUGCCCCGGUGCAUCACGAAGGACUAUUUGAGUGCGGUGGACGAAGAACACGAUGUGGACAAGGAGAGCAGCAGCUCUUGUUCCUCCGUCACGUACCCACCCACUUCCUCGUGUAGCGAGAAGUUCUCCUGUGUAGGAGCAACUGGGACGACUGCGUCCGCCGCGCAGGCCGGCGGCAUUCUUGAGGACAACUACGAGAUGUUGACUACAGCCACGACUUGUGGCAAGAACACCAACGCGAUCGGCAGAGGAUAUCCAGCGCCUGCUGAGCGAGCUGUAUUGUCCUCGUCCGGGAAUCAACAACAGUCCUUGAUGCAGCCGGGUCAGCAACAGCAGCUUUACCAGACUUCAAAGAGAAGUUCCUGCACUAGUACAACAACUUCCGCGACUUGUUCUGCUGGAGCGGCCCUCGUUGGUGGGAUAACCACGACAACACCCCCUUUAGGAAGCGGAGUAAUUAUAAGCGGUGCGGGGCCCACGACCACGGCCGCGUCGACAACAAGCAGCUGUACUUUAGAUGUUAAUACUGCAGCUUCUUCAAGUUCUUGUACCAGAGCGGCGGCACUACAGCACACGCCCGCAACCACGUCGAGCACAGCGACCGCUGUGGAACGCGAGCGAGAGGACUUCGCGGAGCUCGACGCGGAACUCGACGCAGCCGGACCGCUUUUAUGCUGCAACGGAAGCGACAGCGACCACGUACGCAAGAGAGUACUGUCGUACUCGAAGCACCUGCAGCAUCGCAUAGCACAGACUGCUGAAAUGAAAAAGACAAUGACUAGCAAUAGUACUUCUAAAGCAGGUGUAGUGGGCAGUAAAAUUCUACCGUCGUGGUUGUUGCGAAAGAAUGACAACAACUCUGGUAAGGGGGAGCAGAAUGAUAAAAAGACCUCGACGGCGCCGGCCGGUGCAGCGGGCGACACCGCUUCUAGUAGAAGUAGUGCGUGUACGGGUAAGAUAAAUAGUAGCUUCGAGCAAGUGGGUUUCUUGGCCCCUGAGCAAGAUGUGAGGAGCGAAAGAACCUCAAGCGAUACUAGUAGCCAAGAACCUGAAAGGACACUCCUUAGUCGGGACGCGGGCAGCUCUUCUAGUUCGUCGACUGGGUCCGCCGACAAGGCUUCGUUUCCAUUUCUGCCCGCAGACUACCACCUCCGGAGGGGGUCCAGUACAGGAAGUGCUGGCGCGGUGUCCGGCACUUCUUCCUGGUCUUGCUCUUCCGACGAAGCCGAUAGGGAACAAGACGAGGCCCGCCAGGGCACCACCACCAGGAAAGUAUCGUGCGUGGAGGCAGAUACACCUCCUAGCACGCGGCGCUCCAAAAGACACAGAACGUGCUCCGCAGAUGAGCUAGGAAACAAGCAAGGAGGCGCAGGCUCGUUCUCGCGUACUAGAUUGCGCACACAUAGCCUCACGACUCGAAGAGAAGCAAGUGCACGCAGCGGUGAACAAACUGGUGGCAAAAGUUGUAAAACUUCUGCACGAGGAGAACAUGUUGCUUCCGUCUACUCUGUGUCGCCAACGCAGAGCAGGAGAAGUAGCUCCGACAACAUUUCGCCCUUUGUCCACCCGAAAGCUUCGAGACGGUCGAGGAAAAUAAACAGUACCCCUGUGAAAAUGUUGAGCUACCCCUACCCCAAGAGCAAGACCACUACCGCGGGUAAUAUGCAAGAAUGCGCAAGAGCAGGGGUUUAUGUUGACAACGACAGUAAAACAAAAAGCGCCACGGCCACGAAAGCGCAAAUAGCUGCAAACAAGAAUAAAUCCUCGACCACUUCUGUGUGGAGCGAAUUUAGUUGUAAAUUGCUCCGGCUGUGGUCCAAGAAUAAUGCUACUAGCAGUAGGCUCCUGAACUCCAAUGUGGAUCACCACUACAGAAUACUAUUAAAUUCGAAUUGUAGUCGUGGUAUUGACGACGCUAGUAGUGAUAGCCAGCACAGCAGUGCUAUUGCCGAUGCAGAUAAGGAGUGCUUCGAAAACUUGGUUCCCCGGCUAACAACUUCAUCCGUGGAGGACUGCAGUCUGGAGCGAUUCCCCCGCGUCAGCCGCGAGGACGUGCUGUCCACGAGCAACGGCUGCCACAUGAGUCCGGUGCGCAAGCCGACGACCUCUGGGAGCGCGACUAGUACCAUCGCGGCUGCACCAAUGUCGCACGAGCUGCACCAAGAACAGCGCUUGCACGAGGAGAAGCAGUUUAGUCGACGAGUGGAAGACCAAGACUCAUCUACUGCCCACGAUCCAAUGGAGGUGGAACUCCAGAUGGAGCCGAACAGUGCUACUAGCGUUUUAGUACCAGUUCCUAUGAAAAUUCCGACUGCAGCUGCAGCAGAACAUGUAGUUACCGGUCAAGCGCAACGAACAGGACAGCGCGGGGACGGGAUGUGCAAGAACGUGGAGAUCGUGCAUGAUGAACUACUAUGCAUUGCAAAUAUGUCUGGGUCUGGAAGAUUGUAACUUGUAAUGCGUAUUUCAGAACACAGAAAAGUCUCGCAUGCAUACGUAGCAAAGGCUCCCACUUUUUGUCUGCAAAAUAGGGGCUUGUCAUGCGGAUUCGGCAUUGCGGAAGGUUCUCGAAACCUGUGAUGCUAGAGCUUCCAUGCCAGACCUUCUGUGUCAUGCAAAAACAGCAUGGCUCUUCCAGACCCAGACAUUUUUGCAUUUGAUAACUACAACCGUCGCAGGACGUGGUCACCAGGACUGCAGCGACGACCAACCAAAAUGCGGAACUUUCCACCGGUCAUGACAGCAUACUGCUAUCUAGCAGACCAGAGCAACAGAAUGUCCUUCGGCAACAGAAUGUUUCCUCGGCGACAGUAGAUCCGCAGAAACUUAUAGUACAACAGCCGGCUCCGGUUGUGGAGCCUGAGCGAUCAGACGUGCCAGCGCAAGUGAUGUGGAUGGGAACUACAACCGGCGCAACUGGUGAAGACGACUGUCCGUAUGUUUCCUCCACACCAGUGAACAACAGCAGCACUGCUCCCGAUAGCUUCGCCGCUGGUUCUACUUGCACGACCAGGACCAAGAACACCAGCAUGUUUGAUGACACAGCAACAUCAACAACAGGAGCACGAACAACGACCGGAGCUGCUGGUGUUGCGCAGCACGCAGCUGUUAACAAGCAGGACUUACUGUACCGGGACUUCGUCGUGGACCAGUCGCUGCACCUGCGGAAGCACCACCAGAACUACACCGCGUCCCACCUCCUGCACGCGGACGACAACAGCACAACGGCAGACGGCAGCAAGGACGCGUUGUCGGACGACGAGACCUCGGCCAUGACUUUGGAUAUGGACCAGAGCAGCCCGCGGACCCGCGCCAGCUUCUACCGGGGGGCGCGCAGCGCCCAGAUGGCGCGCGGGGUCGGAGGCGCGUCCAGCACCAGCAGUCGCACCAGCAGCAGCCGGGGAAACAGCGUCAUGUUUCACCGAGCGGAUCAUACCACCGAUCAUCGAGCUGUCUUUGCGCCGUCAAGGUAUGCAAGUUUUUAAAUACCUGAAUAUACUAUGUAUCAUUUUAUUUCACACUUGUACUUAUUCUUACAUACGACACCUCUACGAUCCGGGAUCAUCCUCUCUCCACGCCUCGACCUUGGUCCGCGGGCGACGCAGUUAGAGUUUUAGGAUUUAGCAUAUUUCGGGUUCCUAUUUUGAUCUUCUAGUGAUACACGACCACACAAUCAGAUCUAUUUUCGCUCCCAACGGCGCUGCAGCGUUCGCACCGGCGAACUUUGACAAGACCAAUUCGACGAUGUCCUCUUCCACCCAGCAGGCGUUACUGCUGUCCAAGCGGCGCCAGCAGCAGGGCAAGAAGAACUACGUGGACAAGCGCAAGUUUGCCUCGCGCAUCGAGUCCACCGUCCGCGACAGCCAAUUUGCCGAGGAUUUGGAUUCGAGCUCGCUGGACAUGCGACGACAAGAGCAGGUGAUCAACGACUUCAUCCUGGAGAAGACCACGAGCGGAGAUGAGGAGGAAAAUGUCCUCUACGCAGCCGAGGAUUUGAUGGACUGCGAGCGACAAGAACUUUUAGGAGGUGCCCGACAAACAGCGUUAGUUGUACCGGGGUCGACCACCAUGAUGACCAACAGCGCGACCACAGGAGCUGCAGGUGGAACAAAUGACAGAACCAGCCCGGUGGGAACGAGAACCAUAUCAAGCGCUGCUCCUGCUCAGUCUUCUCCUGGCUCCUCCGCGCAGCGACCAGCCGACGCCGCGUUCGACCAGCCGACGGGGCGGCUGUGUCGCGCGGCGACCACCGGCGCAAAUAGUAACCACGCGAGUGCGGGAGGCGAGGGCGUCCGACUGCUCUCCUCCGUGGAGGACCGACUGCGAGGCGGGUUGCAAUCCCGCGACGCGGCGAACCUGGACCACAUUCGCGCGAACCUGUGCACGCCCCGAGUGCUGGCCGCCAUGGCCAAGCGCGACGAAGUACGGGAGCAUCUGUACACGCAGCAGCAAAUGAAAAAUCUGGUGGCAGCUUCUUCUAGUAGUUGUACAACAUCGUCAAGCAAAGCAGAAAACAGUACACUGCACAACACCUCCGAGGACUUGCUCUUUUCUUCCGCUGCAUCCAAUGUUCAUCAUGCCGAAGCGAUGGACGAUGAUCUCUUUGACGAGGACAAGAGCUUCAAGACCGCAGACAACCGCAGUAGCACGCCGCCGUCCUGUGUGGGCAGUAGUGGAGGUAAUAUGAGCACCCGGAAGUUACUAUUUUCCUCCGCGACGUCUCUGAAGAGCAAUUCCGCUUCGAAACCCCCCGGGGGCCGUGCAACGACUUUCAGCUGCGGGACAACCACCGCCUCGACCGCCUCCGGCCGCGCUUCGAGCAGCAGCUGUUCCACCGCCUCCGAAGUGCGCUCGGUAGACAACGACAGCACCAGCGGAGGCGUAUUAAGGCAUCAGCAUACUAUGCCGCACAACCUCUUCGGCGGUUCAUCUCGCGAGCACCACGAUCAUAUGACUGUACUUGCACAACACCAACAUCACCGGACGUCGAACCUGUUUAACAACAGCGGUGCUUUCGGUAGUGGAACAUGUGGUGCAACUACUUCCGGGUCGUCGUCUUUUAUCCACGACGAGCAAUUUGACAGUGGCGUGCAGUAUAGCAAGAGCUGGAGCAGCGGCACCAAGACGCAGCAACUACGAAAUGCAGGAGGCGAUUACGCCCUGCACCCGGUCUCGGAGACGUCUUCCGAAGGCGGGGGCGGGGGGAUGGGCUGCAGUCUCCGACGCACGAUCAGCAGCACGGUGUCGGAAGCCCGCAGGAGCGGCAGCGGUCAUUGGCAACAAGCAGACUUGUGGAGCGGUGCGGGAGCGGGUGCUGGACCACAGGCGGGUGGCAGAACGAAGAAGCCGGACUCCUGCACGUCCACAGUGUUCGGCAACACCGAACAAGACUUGCAACCAAGUUCCGCUUGUUCCUACACGACAAUGAAAACCGGUCUGAAGAGCAGCGAGGACCACUGCUACCCAGAAGUAGAGUGGGAGACUUCUCUCGUCCGAUCUUCGGUGCACAGUGGCGGCAGUUGUUCCUCCGGCGAAACCUUUCUCUUCGGCGAGGAAUGUGGUACAGACCAUCUGCCAAGAUCAACAUCAGCGGGCCAAGCGACGUAUGGCACUAGAGACGCGCAAGAAGUAGAUCAUCAACUGCCUCAUGAAACUUUUCUAUGGGAGAAACCAGAUCCUAGUAUCGCUUUGUCAAGAUAAGAUGCGGUUCGAAUUGUAUACUAUUCCGAACGUAGUCUAGAAGUAUCGAGAGGAAUACGACUAACCGCAUUUUGCUGGCGCAGUUGUAGCAACAUCCGUAUCUGCUCAAAAAUCCCAGAACCACUAAGUCUACAGUGAGUUGAUGAGCCUCUUCUUUUGCGCGCCUGCAUAAAGGAAGGAUUUCCAGCACGGGAGGCAAUUUUGACAAGGUAACUAUGCGAAUUUGAAGCAUUAUUUGGAUUUGCAUUACUACUUGCGGAUCAUGAUUGAUCCACUUUGACUUUUCGUUCGAUGGAAACUGAGGCCUCACCGUCCUUUUACUUCGGGGUUAUCAUCGCGCGCGCACUGAAAAUGAACCUGUGAUAGGUACAACGAAUGGAAAUGAAAGGAACUUUGUUUUAUGCAAGCAGAAGCUUUUUCGCUUUUCAUGCCUAGAAAGCGCUAGAAAGAAGCUCGACUUCGAGACAUACACGACGCAUGAGAAGUUGCAGUUGUACGAUUUCAUGUUGUAGAAUAUGUCUAUAUGCCUCAGCAGCAAGGAAUCAAACUCAAAGUGAAGGAAAAUGAAGCAUCGGAAAAAGAUACGUAGGCUGCGUCUGCCG